GUAUAGAUUGAACUUAAACAAAUUUUAAUUUGUUUUUCCUUCACUAAUAGACAUGCCAAGCGAAUGAAAUCAUUCCACGAACAUUUCUCAACCACGAAGCAACCACGUGCAAAAUCCUGAAAUCAAAACAUACACGAGACUAGAAUUCUGAUGCUAUUUCGUGAUAUCUGAAUCAGAAAAUAUACAUCGCAGGGAAACUGCAAAGCUCUAUUGGGUAUUUGAUAGAGAAGAUUUAGGCUUGAAUGGCUACCAAGUUGUUUUUUUCUGCACUGGGCAUCAUAUACAUAUGUGGUGGGGUUGUGUUGGGGUUGGCGCCUUCAUCGGGGUUCAGAUUGAGGAAUAACAAUAGCUCUGGAGCCUACUUGACGCAAGACGAAAAAUGGUUUUCUCAGAGACUUGAUCACUACUCUCCUGCGGAUCAUCGUCAAUUUAACCAAAGGUAUUAUGAGUUCCUUGAUUACUUUCAGGUACCAGAUGGACCAAUAUUUUUAAAAUUAUGUGGCGAAUCUGCAUGCAAUGGCAUUGUAAACGAUUACACUGCAGUUUUAGCAAAGAAAUUUGGUGCUGCUGUAGUAUCCCUUGAACAUAGGUAUUAUGGAAAGAGUUCUCCAUUUAAAGAUUUGACAACACCUAAUCUUCGAUAUCUUUCUUCCAAACAAUCACUUUUUGACUUGGCCGCCUUUCGUAACUAUUACCAGGGAGUGAUGAACAGAAAGCAAAACCUAUCAAAUUAUGAGAACUCUUGGUUUGUUUUUGGUGUGUCAUACUCAGGAGCCCUUAGUGCAUGGUUUCGCCUGAAGUUUCCUCACCUGACUUGUGGAAGUCUUGCAAGCUCAGCUGUUGUUCUUGCUGUUUACAACUAUACAGACUUUGACAAGCAGAUUGGGGAGUCGGCAGGGCCUUCUUGUAAAGGAGCAUUGCAAGAAGUCACUAGGCUUGUUGAGGAGGGCUUAUCGAAUAAUGCGAAAGCUCUGAAGUCUAUGUUUGGUGCAGAGAAGAUGAAACAUGAUGGAGAUUUUCUUUACAUGCUGGCAGAUGCUGCUGUAGUAGCGUUCCAAUAUGGAAAUCCAGACACACUUUGCUCUCCUCUUGUCAAAGCAAAUGCAUCAGGAAACAAUGUGCUGGAUGUUUAUGCAGAAUAUGUAAAGAACUAUUUCUUUGGGACAUUCGGCUCAAGCAUUGAAACAUAUGACCAAGAAUCCCUGAAGAAGACCACUCUCAGUGCAGAGAGUGGUGAUCGAUUAUGGUGGUAUCAGGUUUGUACUGAAGUUGCAUUUUUUCAGGUUGCCCCAUCGAAUGAUAGCAUACGCUCGUCAAAAGUCGACACAAAGUACCAUCUGGAUCUUUGUAAAAAUGUAUUUGGUGAAGGGAUAUAUCCUGAAGUGGAUAUAACUAACUUAUAUUAUGGAGGCACAGACAUUGCAGGUUCAAAGAUAUUUUUUACGAAUGGUUCACAAGAUCCAUGGCGGCAUGCAUCCAAGCAAAAAUCUUCUGAGGAUAUGCCCUCGUAUCUGAUGACAUGUCAUAAUUGUGGUCAUGGAACUGAUCUUCGUGGAUGUCCUCAAAGCCCUCUAAGCCUUGAAGGGGAUGCUUCCAAAUGUGGUUCUCCCGAUGCGGUACAUAAAGUCAGGACACAAAUGAUUGAUCACAUUGACCUCUGGCUUUCACAAUGCGCAAAGCAAGGCGGGAGAUUUGUCAUGUAGAUGGCAUAAAAAGCCUUUUCAUCUGUCCAUUAAUUUUUACCAAAUAGAUCAAUGUAUAGAAUGUAAAUAUCUUCAAUGCUGGAGCAAUUAUUAGAUCUUCUAGGUUGCCAGUUAUUAUUUUAAGUGAAAGUACGGAUACAAUAGUAUUGUGAUUGCAUAAUGCCAUAGAUAAUUUCCCCAUGUUAAGUUUAUUGAGGAGACUGAUGAAGCAUUUCCAUAUCCGUGAUUGGUUCAAUAUUUGAUGUGUCAUUUUGGUGCAACUUAAUUUUAAUACAGUUUUUGGAUAUUUUAAUUUUUUAA